GACGAUGCGUUGUGUUGUGGCUUUGUUUAAAAACCUUUUUUUCACCCAAAUCAAGGAGUUAUAACUCCUUGCCCAAAUAAUCAUGUUUCGGAUGGACUUACUUUGCUGAUUGGCUCAAGGCAAAGUGACGUCGCUGUAUAUGGGAAGUAGUCAAAGGAUGAUGGGAAUGAAAAUGGCUGACACAUAGACGGCGUUUACUCUUGGCGGGCGUUGGAGUUUGAUAAUAUUGCCUUUUAUACCGCUUGUCUUUAGAUAUGGCGGAAAAUAGUGAAGUGGCAUCAAACAAAGAAGGAAUUGUGGAGAAAUCUGCUGAUGAAAAUGAAAGUGAUGCAUCGGAGUUUGAUAUCAGCAAGUGCAUAGCUUGUAAGAAAGUCUCAGUCGAAACCAAACUUCUCCCGUGUUUACAUAUAUUAUGUAGACCAUGUCUUGAUAAAAACGAAGUAGAAAAAAAGAUUAAGUGUCCAGAGUGUUCCCAGGAGGCCAGCCUAUCAGAAACCUUGGAUAAUAUAUUUGCAAAGAUCUCUGCCAGCAUUGCUGAGGCAGGAUCGAAGGAUGAAGCUGAUAAUAAGUGCACAGGUUGUGAAGAGGAGGCCUCUGCCACAUCCUACUGUUUAGAUUGCACAGAAUGGCUGUGUGACCAGUGUGUGCAGGCACACAGGAGGGUCAAAGUGACCAAAGAUCACACCAUUGAACCAAAGGAUAAUGUUCAAACUGGCCAAUCUACCCACAGGCAUGAAAAGUACAUUUACUGUCCUCGUCAUAAACAGGAACCACUAAAAUUGUUUUGUGAAACUUGUGACAAGUUAACCUGCCGGGACUGUCAGUUGGCUGAACAUAAAGAGCACAAGUAUCAGUUUGUACAUGAAUCCUCUGCCCAGCAUAAGUUAUCUUUGCAAGGACUGCUACAGAAAAUAUGUGAUAAAGCAUCAAGUACUGCAAACGCCAAGCUUCUAGUGGAUAGAAGAAUGGCAGAAAUUGACAGUGCUGAACGCAAAUGUCAGGAGAAUAUUCAGGCUUUUGUUGGGAGUUUUAUAGAUGCAAUAAAAGCCAGGUCAGAGCAUCUGAUGAGUAACUGUGCUGCCAUCUGUCAGGCUAAAAGGAAAAGAUUAUCCAUGAUCAGUAAGGAUAUAGAGAGGCUGUCUGGGGUCUUGGCUUACUGUACCACAUUUACAGAGAGAGCUGUCCAGGAAGGAACCAACACUGCUUUAUUGUUUACAAAAAAACUUGUGGAAGAAAGACUGAAAAGUUUAAUCAGUUACAAGUGUGAGGCUCCAAACCCAAAACACAGUUUUAACAUAGAUUUUAAGCAUGAUCAGAGAAUUAUAGCUGCAAUUGGUCAGAUAGGGAAGUUGAUAGUGGAUGGGACACAGUUUCCUGGAUCUUCAAGACAAUCCGCUCCAACCAGCAAUGCAGUGCCCUCUGCUGGCAGUAAUGGCCCUAACAGCAUGACAGAAGAGCAAAAAAAGCAGCUGAUACAACUUUUCCAGUUGAAGCAGCAUCACAAACAACAGCAGCAACAACAACAGCAACAACAACAACAAAUGCAGAAGGUGCAGCAACAAGCUCAAAGACAACAACUGCCAUAUCCACCUCACCACCAGAGACCAAUCUACCCCAAAUCCUCUGUGCCCAUGUCAGCCAUAGCUUCCAUAGCUGGUCAGCAACAACAUCAACAACAACACACCAACAGAUUGACUCACUAUUCAAACAGUAGCAAUAACAAUGCAACAGCCCAUACAACAUCUACAUAUUAUCCACCAAGUGGAAUAUCACCAAACAGGACAGAAAACUCCUCUAAGAACAACAUGGGUGGGAUUACAUUAAGUCAGCUGCAACAUAUACGACAACAGAAGUUCCAGCAGCAACAACAACAGCAGCAGCAGCAAACAGGAGUUCCCAACGCAUCCUUAGGGUAUGCUCUGGUACAGUCAAGUGGAAAGAUGCUCAACCAGAUGUCCCCUUCCAUGCCACAUCAGUCUGUGGUAGAUUUGACAGCAUCUGCCAGGACACAGCUGCCUUACCAAUCCUCAGGUCAGCACAAGUGCCUAGGUGGAGGUCCAAUACAAUCCCAAAGUCGUUUGACUGACAGUGGCCUGGUACAGUCAAAUACUAGGGCAGGACAAAAUCCUGGUCACCUUACACCCCCUGUGACAAAUUCCAAUGACAUGAACAAUGCUGAAGCUCCUGAUGCUAGGUCGAUGAAAGUCAAGGCAGAGGCUAAAAGAGAACCUCCCAGUUGCAGCUUUUCUCAGUUUAAUGUGAAGCAAGAUUACCCAAAGCCAAUCUCAUCCCCUUCCAUGUUUCCUGAGCCGCAGAUAUUAAGAGAAGACCAAUCCUCCUCAGAAGAGCAAUCUGGCACAGACCAGCACUCUAGGCCCCCCUCUGAAGGCAGAGAGGAGAUGAGACAUUCUGACAGUGAACAACCAGGUAGCAGCGGAGGGUUUAAGAUGACCAAGGGCUUGCUGACACAGAGUGAAGAAGGUAGCCUCACUCCACCCUUAUCUGUGAGCCCCAGUCAGCGUGAGACACCCCAGCAAUCUAAUGACCUUGGAUUCACCGAUGAAGACCCCAAUGAAGACUGGUGUGCUGUCUGCCACAAUGGUGGGGAUCUGCUGUGCUGUGAUCAGUGUCCUAAAGUGUUCCAUCUCAGCUGCCAUGUGCCCGAACUUGGAACAGCACCAACUGGUAGCUGGGUGUGCGGCCUCUGUGACCCUAUAGCCGGGGAAACCACAGACAGAAGCCGGAGCAGCACUCCCACAGAUUCUGGAGACAACAAAAGGAAGAGAAAAGCUACCUCAGGGCUAAGUGGUCAUGAGCAGAAGAUUUGUGAGAGGAUUUUGCUGUAUUUGUUCUGUCAUCCAGACAGCUCUCCCUUCCAUGUGCCUGUUAGUCAUGGGGUUCCUAAUUACCACAAGAUAGUGAAGCACCCCAUGGAUUUCAGCACCAUUAAGUCCAAGUUGUCCCGCAAUCACUUCAACCAUUACAAUUGUGUGUAUGACUUUAUCUCUGAUAUCUACCAGGUACUGGAGAACUGUGCACUCUACAAUCCAGUAAGUAUUGUACUGUUUUCUGAUUUCUCUUCUGUCUCCGUGUUUAGUUGUAUGGUUUAAGCCUUGUGUAUGCAUAGGAAUGUGUGUGUGUUUGUGUGUGUGUGUGUUAUACUGUUUAACCCAUUGAUAGGUUUGUAGACUAGUUGCACUGAAAGCUGUUCCCUAUAUGUAGUUGUAGAAAAAAAAGGCCAUUGAAAAAAGUUGUGGACUGUU